AUCUUUUGUGUUAUAUAUAAAUGCCCGGCGAAAAACACCAAAGACACAUAAAAGAGAGUAAGAAACAGAGAGAUUCUUCUAAAACCAGAAAAUCAGAGGCAAUGAGAUCGUGUUCCUCGUGAGUGAGUACUCUGAGCAAACGCAAUAUACGCUACCCUCCUUGAACGGGGCCCGCAUUAGUAAUCAUCUAGAGGGAGGAGGAGGAGAAAUGAUGUGGGAAGGCGGAGAAUCAGCCGCUGCCGGCGUCGAUGGCGGCGGAGGUUGCACCGGAAGUAGUAGCGGGAGGAGGAAGCCGUCGUGGAGGGAAAGGGAGAACAACAGGAGGAGAGAGAGGAGGAGGAGAGCCAUAGCUGCGAAGAUAUAUGCAGGUCUGAGAGCUCAGGGGAACUACAACCUUCCCAAGCACUGUGACAACAACGAGGUCCUCAAGGCUCUUUGCUCUGAAGCUGGCUGGGUUGUCGAGCCUGAUGGCACCACUUAUCGCAAGGGACGGAAGCCAAUCGGAGGCCCAAUACCAAUGGAGGUCGGAGGCACUUCAACAAACAUCACUCCCAGCUCUUCACGAAAUCCUAGCCCCCCAUCUUCAUACUUUGCCACCCCAAUCCCAUCUUACCAAGUCAGUCCAUUGUCCUCUGCCUGCCCUAGCCCGACCCGCGGCGAACCUGGUCCUGACAACUCAUCUUACCCAUUUGCGUUCCUCCAUAAUGGCAUCACCUCAUCCCUUCCUUCCCUGCGCAUAUCAAACAGCGCUCCUGUAACUCCACCUCUUUCCUCACCAACCCGACAUCAAAAACAGGUUGCUUUCAAUCUGGAAACUCUGGCCAAACAGUCGAUGUCUGCCUUCAACAUCUCUUUCUUUGCAUCUGCCCCAAGCAGCCCUACCCGUGGGCAGCGUUUUCCUGCAACUAUUCCCGAAUGUGAUGAAUCAGACACUUCAACCAUUGAUUCGGGUCAAUGGAUGAGCUUCCAAAAGUAUGCACCCACUUCCCCCACAUUUAAUCUUGUGAAACCUGCUGCUGCUGCUCAGGGUGUUCCUUCUUCUAUGGGGGGUGAAAUGUUGUUCAGGGAGGAAGCGGGGAAGGGCAUGGAGUUUGACUUUGAGAAGGUUGCUAUGAAGGCGUGGGAAGGGGAAAGAAUUCAUGAGGUGGGAUUGGAUGAUCUGGAGCUCAAGCUUGGGAACAGCCGUGCGAAUUCAUCAUGAUCACAUUUGUCCCAUGGUCUUCAGCUUCUUCAUUUUUUAUGAAGUUCUUGCUCUUUUUUUCAUGUUACCUUUGGUGAUUAAAACUCUGGUUAAAUUCUUUGCAUUUCUUUUUUCUUUCUUUUGUUAACAAGAAAGAGUUACUUACAUGUAGAUAAAUUAUUUGGAGUUGAGAUCCAUCUCUUUCUCUUCAUUGCAGUGGAGAUUUAGUUUCUCUGCAAAUUUGGACUGCCCGGAAAUUUGUGUUAAAAUACAGGUUGCAAUCCUUCUUGUUCAGUUAAAUACUACCUUUGUUUAACCCCCAUUUUUCUGUACUUGCAUCCAUCAAUGUGUUCUUUUUCACAUUCUCGGCAAUGAUUAAAGGG